AGCAAGAAAAACACUUUUUCUCCGUCUUUUGCAGCUUCAUAUAUUUCAUAUAGGGUACGUUAGUCCAGUGACGAAGAAACGAGUUUUACAUAAUUAUACCAUGCGAACGCUUUUCUGACCCGUUUGCAAUUUUGCGAUUUGGUGGUGGUGAACUAAACAUUAUAAAACUGUUAUUCGUAGGCGAGAUCUGGUAAGUCUAUCGCAUUUCAACUGUAAUCGUUCACCGAUUAUAUUCCAAAUACCAUUCUUCAUUUCGAUGUAAUAAACGAGUCAUUCGAUAGUUAGUAUAUAGUAGAGCUGACAUUCAUUCAUAUCUACAAAUAUGUUCAUUUGGGACUGGUUUGCAGGUGUUUUGAAUUAUCUUGGUCUUUGGAAGAAGAGUGGUAAACUCUUGUUUCUUGGUUUAGAUAAUGCAGGCAAAACUACAUUACUUCACAUGCUAAAAGAUGAUCGAUUAGCUCAACAUGUGCCUACAUUGCAUCCAACAUCAGAAGAACUUUCUAUUGGAAACAUGAGGUUCACAACAUUCGAUCUUGGAGGACAUCCUCAAGCUCGAAGAGUCUGGAAAGACUAUUUUCCUGCAGUGGAUGCCAUAGUGUUCCUUGUUGAUGCAAGUGACACAUCACGAUUACCAGAAUCAAAAGCUGAAUUUGAUGCACUUUUAACAGAUGAACAACUUAGUGCAUGUCCAGUUUUAGUGCUAGGUAAUAAAAUCGAUAAACCAGGUGCAGCAUCAGAGGAUGAACUUAGAAAUUACUUCAACCUGUAUGGUCAAACAACAGGAAAGGGAAAAAUUUCUCGCAGUGAAAUAUCUGGUCGUCCACUGGAAUUAUUUAUGUGUUCAGUACUGAAAAGACAAGGGUAUGGCGAAGGCUUUCGCUGGCUUGCUCAGUACAUUGACUGAAUGCAUAAAAUGAUUUAAAUACUCAGAUUUGUGGCAGUUUACUACAUUUCCCUUUCCUCUGAUUCAUAUUGGAUGUUAUUACAGAAGUGUAUUAUCCUUUAUGUGAAUUGUGCAGUAGGAAAGGAAUAUCAAUAUAUAAACUGCAAUAAAACAGAUUCAGAACAGUGCAAAUAAGUUUUAAAAAAAA